GUGACUAUAAGCGCACGCGCGUCGUUUCUCUAAAUUUUAUAAACAAGUGCCGUAUUGUAAAUUAUUAAUUUUAAUUUAUAUGUGUGACGUUAAAAGUGAGUUGUAGUGAGUUGGGAUAAAAAUUUGGCAGUUGAUUAUAUCAAACUGCAGCGAUGAUAUUCAUCGGAUAACGAAGAGUAAUUCAAGAAUAUUAUACCUAGUGUUGAUCAUACCCUUCAUCAUGACAAAAGAAAAUAUGUCAACACCUCCGAUUCGAGAUGUGGCGGACGCUUAUAGUUCCAAAGUGGAGCUAGCGUGUAACGGUUCCAGAGAAGACUUAGAGCCAUAUGUACCAUCAGAGCACAGACCAUUGGCAUCAAAUACAUCGAGUUUUGGUGCCUUGGCGCAUUUACUGAAAGCCUCUCUAGGCUCCGGUGUGCUGGCUAUGCCCCUUGCCUUCAAGAGUGCUGGACUGGUGGUCGGAAGCAUCGGCACCAUACUUAUCGGGUUUAUUUGCGCACACGCUAUCAAUAUACUGGUGAAGACAUCUCAACAGCUGUGUGUGGAAGCCAAGAAGCCUUCUUUAGGUUAUGCAGAAACGUGCGAACUCGUUUUCCAAAAUGGACCGAAACCAAUUCAAAGAUUUGCUCCAUUUGCAAGAGAACUAGCUGACUGGGCGUUAGGCUUGACUCACAUGGGCGCGUGCUGCGUAUACGUGGUAGUCAUAGCUGAAUCAUUUAAGCAGAUAUCAGACGUAUAUGGUGGUCCCAGUUGGACAGUGACCGUAUACUGUGCUAUGACGCUCGUCAUACUCGUUCCACUGACGCAGAUUACCAAGUUGAAGUACUUAGUACCCUUCUCGGCGUUAGCUAACUUCGUGUGGCUGGGAUCUAUACUUAUAUCUCUGUAUUACUGCUUGCGAGACCCACCGAAAGUAUCGGAGAGGAAUUUAGCAACGUCCAUUACAGGAGUGCCUAACUUCAUAAGCACAAGUCUCUUCGCCAUGGAAGGUAUCGGCGUGGUGAUGCCGGUAGAGAACGAGAUGAUCAAGCCCCAACACUUUCUCGGCUGUCCAGGGGUCUUGAACAUCUCCAUGGUCAUUGUGGUACUGAUGUAUGGAUUCGUCGGUUUCUCUGGAUAUUUGAAGUACGGUGAUGAAGCCAGGGGGAGUUUGACUUUAAACUUGCCUCAAGAUGAAAUCCUCGCUCAAACCGCAAAGAUUCUAGUGGCUUGUGUAAUGGUGCUGUCAUUCGCAUUGAUUUACUAUGUCCCUGUGGAUGUGAUAUGGAGACGGAUACAAGACAAAAUACCCGCCAAAAACCACAGAUGGAGCAUAGCUGGCUUGAGAUUAAUAGGCACACUGCUUAUUGUCGGUAUCGCCUGCGCUGUACCAAGACUGGAGCUGUUCAUGGAAUUGGUGGGAGCUGUCUGCCUCUCUACCAUGGGUCUGCUGCUCCCAGCUGUGACUGAAACCGUCUGGCGGUGGGGGAAGAACCUGGGACCCUGUUACUGGAUCAUAUGGAAGAACGCCAUCAUCAGCCUCUUCUCGCUGAUAGCCAUGGUUUCCGGCGUGGCCUAUUCAAUAAUCGCCAUAUUGGAGAUAUAAUUUAUUU